AUGAAGAACGGAUGUAAUGAGAAUUUGGAUUUUAAAAGCGUCGAGCGCAGUGAACAGGCCAAGAAAGUAUAUCGGUAUGUAAGUGACGUCGCACGCCGUCUCGGCGAUACUACUUCAACAAGUAAAGCAAUUGCUAACUUAUUUACCAACAACAUUGAAAUUCAACGACAAAAAUUGAGAGAUAAUUGUGAAAAACUUUUCUUCUUGGAUCCAUUGAAUUAUGGCAAAAAAUCAGUUGAAUUGCUGUGGCGUAAAGUGUAUUAUGAUACAAUAUCCACUGCAAAGAAGCUGCGAGAAUUAAACACUGAAUUUGACAGUUAUUUAGAAAUGCAUAUCAACUGUGGCAUUGGCCACUUCCACAAUUUUAUAUCCAGAGUUCAAUCCGAAAUGAGAGUUAAACUUAAAGAAUUAGAUUAUGCUCCCAUGUAUAAUGAUGAAGAAUACCUAGAUGACACUAGCUACAAUCUUUUAGAUGAUGAAAAUCAGCUAUAUAAGUCAGUACUCUAUUCAUGUUUGAUAUAUCUAGGAGACUUGAGUAGAUACCAAGUUGAAAUAUUUAACAAUGUGGAACCAUCAGCUGCCGCACGCUACUAUCUUCAAGCUUCACAACUAGAUCUUACUUCAGGAAUGCCCUUUAACCAACUUGGAAAUUUAUACUUGGAAAAAAACUACAGUUUAGAUUCUGUCAGCUCUUACAUUCAUUGUCUUAGUUGCUUGACACCUUUUGAAGGAGCUUUAGGAAAUUUAAACAAAAUAUUUGAAAAGACCAAUCAAUUCUGCAGUACACCUACAGAAUCCGAAAGCUUGACACAAUCAGAGCAUAUCCAAAUUACAGUUGCCAAUUUUCUUUCCCUUAUUGAAAAAUGGUACUUCUUAAAGGAUGACACAGAUAUUUCUACUCUAUGCAGCAGAAGUGUUCAGCAGUUGAAAAUAGCUAUGGAUUUUUCUCGAAUGCCUUUACCUGACAUAAAUAAAAAUUAUAAUGAGUAUGUACAAGCUGCUGAGGAAGAAAGUGCAAGUCCGGCAUAUCUCAACCCAACCAUGAUACACAAUAUUGUCAAAAUUUGUUUAUUUACUAUAGCAAAAACAAAAGAAAAUGACGAAACUAAGUCUUUUGCUUGUAAGGCGUUUACAUUAGCAUUUUUUUCUCAGCUUUUACAAAGACUGCACUCACAAUUGGAAGAACUCGGUUUUACAAACCCAGCAAGCAAUUAUAUCCCAAGAUAUAAAUCAAAAGAAACUGAACCUAUAGUAAAUGGAGUGGAAUCACCAGUUUUAGUAAUAAAUGAGGUACCCUCUAUGCCUAAUGGUAAAAAUACUGAUCACAAAGAGGAUGAACACAAAGAAAAUGGCUCUGGUGCCGAUGAAAUGACAAAUGGUGAUUCUAAGAAUAAAAAAAUAUUGGCAAGAAGGCGACGCAGAAGAAGAGCUAAUUCAUCAGAAAGUUCUGAUCCAAGCAAUGAUUCUGAAAUUAGUGAUGAUGAAAGUGAAAAUUCAUUUUCAGGUGAUGAUGAUGUAGUAACUGAUUCAAACUACACUUCUGAGGAAGAAAAAAGUGACUCAGUUUUGUAUGAAAGUGAAGAUGAAGAGAAAAUAAAUGGAGAAGCUGACAAUUUAACAAUCAAAUCUGAAAUUGAGAAAACUUUGGAAUCAAAAGAGCCUAAUUAUGAAGGCAAAGUGAAAAGGGGUGAUUUGGAUCUAGAAGGCGUAAAAAACUUUUUAGUAGGUGACAAUAUACUUCCCAGUCUCAAACUUUUACAGGAUUGGGUGUUAACUGAAAAGGAAUUGGUCCAAUCUUGUGGUGACAGUGGUGAGUCACUAUUCCAAUGUGUUGUCAACUUACUAAAUAUUUUUCAACACUAUUUCAAUCAAAAGAAUGACAUCCUUGCCAAGAACAAUUGCAACAUAUUAAUAAAAGCAAAAAAUAUGGCAAAGAAAUUAAGACUUGAAUUUAAAUCAAUACCUCUACCUGAAGACAUUAAUUUACGUGGAACUAACAUUGGAAAAUUUGACAAGGAUGCUGCAGAGUGGCAAACAAUGGAAAAACUGAAACUGUCAGAAUAUGAAGAGAAUAUUAUGAGAAUUUUAAACUUUAUUGAUUUUGGCAAUCAGAUUGCAAAAAUUGUACCUAGAAUCAAAUUUAACAGGACAUUAAAGAUUUUCUAUUUAAAGAAAGUGUACCCAACAAAAACUGGCAUGAAAUUAAAUCACAAAAGAAGUAGAGAGUGGCAUAAUUCUAAGAAACAGGUUGAUAAAAAUGAGAGUGGACUACUGCGUCGAUUGGGCCACCUAUGGUUAACAUCAAGAGUACGAGAGCUUGAGUGUAAUGGACAAACCGAGGUUCCCUCUCUUUUAGCAGUGGAUACAGCUGCCUUACAUAAACAUCUUCGUAGAGUAAAACAGUUAAUCAAAACACGAAACUUCAUCUUCCUUGUGCCCAGUGUUGUUUUGCAAGAGUUAGAUGAAUUAAAACGCGAUUGUUCAUCAGCACGUGACGCGAUACGUUGGCUUGAGUUGCAACUCAAGAGUGGUUCUCGAUUUCUUCGUACACAACGUCCAGGACAAUCAAAACCUUUGCCAUUGCUAAAGUACCCACGAAAAGCUCCAGCUUUUGUCCACAACUUUAUACAAAUAUUAGAAUUCUGUAAUCACUUUUCUGAUGAGAAGCAGCAUGGAGGUAACGGCGAUGCAGAAAAUUCCGCUCAUGGCAAAACUGCUCCAUUGUUGGUGUUACUAAUUGGCACAGAAGCAGGAAAUGAAGAGGAACAAUUCAAAGAGUUCAGUUUAAGGGGCACGGCGCAAGCGACUGGUGUAUCUUUAGAGUAUAUUGGCGAUUUCUACUCCAAGUGGCGUCAGACGAGCCAUAAGAAUGGGAAAAAGAGAUGA